UUUGAACCUCUUGUCGUUUUUCCUUUUCUUUUUUUUUGUGUGGACAUGAUAUGCCCUCCUGGGAGACGGCAGCCGACUGAAACCUCGUCGCGCUCCGGUGGAGUUGGUGUGAGAAAGAAGAAUGUCACCCACUUCUGCAGGUGCUAAGUAUUUAUUCUGAGAGAGAAUUCCUGAUCGUCACGACACAGUCCAGAAACCCUCUGAAUGUGAAGAUAUGCCCGCUGCCAGCCGCGCGCGCUUUGGAUAAAAAGAAAAAUUAGGUCACUUCUUCUGUUUCCUUGCGUGUGAGUGGUAAUUUAAAGGGAAGUUUCCUUCCGAUCAGAAGGAAGUGAAUUAGUGGUUUUACUGUUCAACAAGCUGCGGGCAGGAAGAGAUGGGCGCAGUUUCCUGAGCCCUUCCACUUCUUUCGCUUGUUGAAUCUCGGCCACAAAAGAUGGAUUCGCGCUGUUAAACUUCUUCGCCUCUCGGCUUCGAUCGUCGGCGGAUUUUCCGCUGCUGCGUCCUUCCGAAAAGUUGACCAUGGCUCAUCGCUGCGUGCGCGCGAAGCUGAGCUCCAUAUGGAGCGCGCUGUGGCUGAUGAAAACUGCGGUAGAUUUUGCGUUGCCUCAGGAGACUUACGCGCCCCAUUCCAUUCGGACCGAGGGCCACCUGACCCUCGGAGGACUGUUCCCGGUGCACGCCAGAGGCGCCGACGGCGCGCCGUGCGGGGACUUGAAGGAGAACGGCAUCCAACGGCUCGAGGCCAUGAUGUACGCGUUGGAUCAAAUCAACCAGGACGAGCAGCUCUUACCCAACAUCACCUUAGGCGCCCGCGUGCUGGACACUUGUUCGAGGGAUACGUACGCACUGGAGCAAUCUUUAACUUUCGUCCAAGCGCUGAUCACCAAGGACACGUCAGACGUGAGAUGCACUAAUGGGGAGCCGCCGGUGUUUGUCAAGCCGGAAAAAGUGGUGGGAGUCAUCGGAGCCUCCGCCAGCUCGGUGUCGAUCAUGGUGGCCAACAUCCUGCGCCUCUUCCAGAUCCCACAGAUCAGCUAUGCGUCAACAGCUCCAGAGUUGAGCGAUGACAGGCGCUAUGACUUCUUCUCGAGGGUGGUUCCGCCAGAUUCAUUUCAGGCCCAGGCCAUGGUGGACAUUAUCCGUGCCUUGGGUUGGACAUAUGUCUCCACUAUUGCUUCAGAGGGUAGCUAUGGAGAAAAGGGUGUGGAGGCCUUCACCCAACUAUCCAAAGAAGCGGGUGGAAUCUGCAUUGCCCAGUCAUUGAAAAUUCCUCACAACCCCAAGAUGGAGGAUUAUGACAAAACCGUGCAACAGCUCCUGGAAACGCAGCACUCGCGGGCCAUCAUCAUCUUUGCCAGUGAAGAAGACAUACGGGGAGUUCUCAACGCUACCAAGAGAGCAAAUCAAGUUGGCCACUUCUUGUGGAUUGGAUCUGACAGCUGGGGGGCCAAGAGCAGCCCGAUCCAACAGCUUGAGGAUGUAGCAGUGGGAGCAAUCACCAUACUGCCCAAACGCUCCUCCAUUAGCGGGUUUGAUGAAUACUUUAUUGCACUCACGCUUGAGAACAAUCGCAGGAACGUGUGGUUUGCCGAGUUCUGGGAAGAAAACUUCGACUGCAGGCUCCUCAGCGCUUCAAAGAGGGAGGACACCAGUCGUAAGUGCACAGGCCAGGAACGUAUCGGAAUCGACUCCAAAUAUGAACAGGAAGGGAAGGUGCAGUUUGUGAUCGAUGCUGUUUACGCCAUGGCCCAUGCACUUCAUAACAUGCACAAGGACUUAUGUUCUGAUCAUCCUGGCGUUUGCCCGCAAAUGGAGACUGCUGAAGGCAAGACACUUCUGAAGUACAUACGCAACACCAGCUUCAAUGGCAGCGCCGGCACCUCUGUUAUGUUUAACAAGAACGGUGACGCUCCAGGACGCUAUGACCUGUUCCAGUUCCAGAUGACCAACUCCUCCACCCCUGAGUAUAAGGUGGUAGGACAGUGGGUGGAGACCCUCCAGCUCAGGCUGGAGGAGCUUCAGUGGCCAGAUGGGGAGCAGGAGGUGCCCAUCUCUGUCUGCAGUCUGCCCUGCAAAACCGGCGAGAGAAAGAAGAGGGUAAAAGGGGUGCCAUGCUGCUGGCACUGUGAGCUGUGCGAUGGCUACCAGUAUCAGUACGACGAGACGUCCUGCAGACUGUGCGCUUACAACAUGAGGCCCAAUCCAAACAGAACUGCCUGCCAGCCCAUCCCCAUUAUCAAGCUGGAAUGGCAUUCUCCUUGGGCGAUUAUCCCCGUCUUCCUGGCCAUGCUCGGCAUCAUCGCCACCGUCUUUGUCAUGGCAACGUUUGUGCGCUACAAUGACACGCCUAUUGUCCGGGCGUCUGGCCGUGAGCUCAGCUACGUGUUGCUGACCGGUAUCUUUCUGUGUUACAUCAUCACAUUCAUAAUGAUUGCCAAGCCCGACGUAGCCGUGUGUGCCUUCAGGAGGAUCUUCCUGGGCUUGGGCAUGUGCAUCAGCUACGCCGCGCUGCUCACCAAGACCAAUCGUAUCUAUCGGAUCUUUGAACAGGGAAAGCAGACGGUCACUGCCCCUCGUUUUAUCAGUCCCACAUCCCAGAUCGCCAUUACUUCGAGUUUGAUCUGCGUGCAGCUGCUGGGGGUUCUGGUGUGGUUUGCUGUCGACCCGCCAAACACCAUCAUUGAUUACGACGAGCAAAAAACCACGAACCCCAUGCUGUCCCGCGGUGUGCUGAAGUGUGACAUCACAGACCUUCAGAUCAUCUGCUCUUUGGGCUACAGCAUCUUGUUGAUGGUGACCUGCACCAUCUAUGCCAUUAAGACAAGGGACGUACCAGAAGACUUCAAUGAAGCCAAGCCCAUCGGCUUCACUAUGUACACCACCUGCAUCGUCUGGCUGGCCUUCAUCCCAAUAUUCUUCGGCACAGCCCAGUCUGCAGAGAAGCUGUACAUUCAGACAACGACCCUGAUCAUCUCCAUGAACCUCAGUGCCUCUGUCGCACUGGGCAUGCUCUACAUGCCCAAGGUGUACAUCAUUAUCUUCCACCCUGAGCUUAAUGUACAGAAGAGGAAACGUAGCUUCAAGGCUGUGGUUACAGCUGCUACAAUGCAUUCACGUCUGUGCCACAAGCCCAGCGAGAGGCCCAACGGAGAGGCUAAGACUGAGCUGUGCGAGAACCCCACCGCUGACCCCAUGAGUAAGCUCUUUUCAGCAAAGAUGAUUGACAGCUCAUGCAAAUUGUACAUCACGGGCUCCAAAGGCCUCUUCUCCCACAACGCUUCUAAUCAUAUGAAGUGAUCGUGGCACCCACAGGUCAAGCAACCAAGAAAACAUAUGUGAGUUACAACAACCUCAGGAUCUGAUCUGCUUGAAAUGAAUGCUGUUUGUCCUUUAUCUGUGUUGGCAAAGGGAAGGGAGCGUUAGAGGAACAGAAAAAGACAGAGAGAGACAGGAGAGAGCGCAGACAUCCCAGCACCACCUGCAGUACCUAUGCACUCCAGGACUGUGGAUAGCAUCCAACCUCCCAUCCCGACAUGAUAGAUGAGUCCUGACAGAGACUAACACAGCUGUAGGCCGGGUCAGCCCACAAAACCGGACUGUAGGCGUUUACGUAGUGUUGUGCCCCACCACCCCCAAACCUCCCACCGUCUCUCUGACAAAGAACAGGUUACCUGCAAAGGGGGUCACUGUGAAGGAGGAUGUGUGUGAAAGGGACAGCGGACCUGUUUUCUUUUAAGAUGUCAUCAAAGCCAUAUUCUCCUGGGAUUCCCCUGAUCUGAUUUCUGUUUUGUAUCAUAAGUGAUUUUUUUUCUGUUUCUCUCUCUCUCUCUCUCUCUCUCUCUCUCUCUCUCUCUCUCUCUCUCUCUCUCUCUCUCUCUCUCCCUCCCUCCCUCUCUCCUUUUUCUUCAAGUCAAUUUAAUUACCUUGCACAGCUCUACCGCCGAACAUUUUACUUUUACUGAAACAGACACAAAACGGUCCCAGAUGAUUUACGUGGUGGGCAUUGUACGUAUAUAUAUUUUUUGUAAAUAUUCAAGAGUAUUUUCAUGUUUGGAGUAUGAAAAAUAGAUAUCCCGUUUUUGUUCUGGUGGGUUUGGAUAGUAACGAAAUGCACCACAAAGUGUUGACUUUGCAUGUGCUGAUGUAUGUCUGUUCUAUUUGAUGUAAACAAACAAAAAAAAGGAAUAAAUUCUGAAACAAUGAUAAAA